UUUCGCGCCUGUCGCAGUACAAGCAGAUAAGGUGGGGUUGCGGCCGCUCUCUCAUGGCGAUGGCGAUGGCGAUGCCGAUGCGCGUCUCCUUCCCUGCCAGCGCAUCUUCCGGCUUUGCCAAGAUCUCUCAAGAUCCAGCUUCCUUCUCGCUCUCCCGCUUCCCCAGAGCUUCGACCGCGAGGAGGCGAACCUGGAUCGUGGCAGUGGCCGACGGGUCCAUCCUCUCCGUCCUCGUCACCGGCGCCGGUGGAAGAACAGGCCAAAUUCUUUACAAGAAGCUGAAGGAAAGACCAGAACAGUUUGUUGCUAGAGGCUUAGUUAGGACAGCAGAGAGCAAAGAGAAAAUAGGCGGUGCUGAUGAUGUUUUUAUAGGUGAUAUAAGGAAUGUAGAUAGCAUCCUUCCUGCUGUUGAAGGUAUAGAUGCACUCAUCAUUCUCACGAGUGCUGUGCCAAAGAUGAAACCAGGAUUUGACCCAACCAAAGGUGAACCACCUGAGUUUUAUUUCGAAGACGGAUUAAAUCCUGAGCAGGUUGAUUGGAUUGGUCAAAAGAAUCAAAUUGAUGCUGCUAAAGCUGUCGGUGUUAAGCAAAUAGUUUUGGUUGGUUCCAUGGGUGGAACAAACAUCAAUAAUCCACUGAACAACAUUGGGAAUGGAAACAUACUAGUAUGGAAGCGGAAAGCUGAACAAUAUUUAGCAGAUUCCGGGAUACCAUAUACAAUUAUAAGGGCUGGAGGUUUACAGGACAAAGACGGGGGCCUGAGAGAACUGCUCGUCGGAAAGGAUGAUGAGCUUCUCAAGACAGAAACUAGGACAAUCGCAAGAGCUGAUGUAGCAGAGGUUUGCAUCCAGGCUCUUCAGUUUGAAGAGUCCAAGUUUAAGGCACUUGAUCUGGCAUCAAAACCAGAGGGCACAGGUUCGCCCACUACUGAUUUCAAGGCACUAUUCUCGCAAAUUACAUCUCGUUUCUGAUGUCACAUCUAGGGCAAGUUGCUAAAUUUUUUUGCUUUUGCUUGAGUUCACAUUGACAAUAGCUUGACGAUACCAUUUACUUUCCGUGUUGUUAUGUGGCCAUCUAAUUUGCAUAAGUGCUGCUAAAUUUGCUUUCUUCA